GCCACCCCGCGCGCGCAUGGCACGGGGGUAUAAAACACCGACGCAAAACCGCCUCAUCAGUCAUCACAACGAACCUCGCACCCUCCGCUCCGGCCAUCCUCCAAACCGUCAGCACUCAGGGCCACCGGAGCUUCGCUCGCCGACCGACUCGACUCGGCCGGCGAUGGGGAGGACGCUGGACGUGCUGCUGGGCCGCACAACGAAGCAGACGGCGCGGCUCAAGUCCCUCCUGCACCUCGCCACGAAGCGGAUCGCGGUGGUGCGCGCGCACCGGGAGGUGCGGUGCGCGCAGGCGCGGGGGGACGUGGAGCAGCUGCUGCGGCAGGGCCACCCGGACCGGGCCCUCCUCCGCGCCGAGCAGGUGAUCCGGGAGCGGGGCACGCUCGACGCCCUCCUCCUGCUCGACGCCUACUGCGCGCUCCUCGCCGACCGCUCCGCCCUGCUCGACGACGCGCACCGGGACUGCCCCGAGGAGCUGCGGGAGGCCGCGGCGGGGCUCUGCUACGCGGCCGCGCGGUGCGGGGACCUCCCCGAGCUGCAGGAGGCCCGCGCCCUCCUCGCCGCCAGGUUCGGCCGGGGCUUCGCGUCCGGCGCCGCCGAGCUGCGCGCCGGCUGCGGCGUCAACGCCAAGCUCGUGCAGCGGCUGUCCACCGCGCUGCCCAGCCUCGAGAGCCGCCAGAUGGUGCUCCUCGAGAUCGGCGCCGACAAGGACAUCCCCGUGCGCCUUCACAGCGACGCCGCCGACUCAUACGAGGAUCCGGCCGGCCGCUCCCACCAUGGCCAUGGCCACAGGAAGAAGAGGCACGACGACGACGACGAGCGGCGGCACGCGACGCCGCGGGCCGACGACGACAACGCUGACUCGCCGCGGACAUUCAAAGACGUGGAAGAGGCGGCGCAGGCCGCGUUCGAAUCGGCUGCCACGGCGGCGGCCGCCGCCAAGGCUGCCAUAGAGCUCUCGCGAGCCGGGCCCGGGAGCCCCGACGACAGGUACAGGAGGAACCCAGGAAGGGCGCAUGCCGACGACGAGACGCUCCACGGCGGCGAUCAUCUGGCCCAUGGCAAGGCCUUCGAGAGGAUUGGACAUGUUCGGAACUACAGCUCAGACGCAGAGGAUCUCCCGGAGAAGAGCAGGAUACGCCCAGGAGCUAGUCCGGUUGAGGCAUGCAUGCUUGUGCGGCUGAAGCAGAUAUAUAUGCAUGGAGUAGCAUGCAGUACGUGAAGAAAGGAUGAUCUAUCGAUUUGUGUGCGUGCAUCAAGAACUCAAGAUCGUCCAGUGAGUUGUGCUCUCAUUAGGCAGGCAUCCACACGGACACGGUGCACUUAUGCAGUUUCAGCGUACUACUAAUUAGGCAGAUUUUGCCGGCCGGAGCGUCGCCGGCGAGGGAGGGCGACGGCCGGCGAUGAUGUCCGACAACGGCAAGCGUGGCCACCUCGACCCGUCAAUCAUCGAGAGUCACUCCCUCUCUCGUCCGUGCCCAGCAGCGACACCAGCCGGUACGAUCGCCGCCCCCGCGAUCGAGGAGGAGCGGCACGACGUGGGCGGUGGAUUCGUCAGGACGCAGCCGCGCGCGGUUGUUGCCGGCUUCAGUCAGGACGGACAGAAGACUCUAGCAGUUUAGCUGCAGGCAUAUGGCCACAGCAGAUAUGGUUUAUUUGAUUUAGUUGUAUUGAUUGAUAGCAGUUGAACUUUUGCACGCAGGAGGCGGCGCUGCUCGACGCGCACCGCGACUGCCCCGAGGAGCUGCGGGAGGCGGUGGCGGGGCUCUGCUACGCGGCCGCCCGGUGCGGGGACCUCCCCAAGCUGCAGGAGGCCCGCGCUCGAGAUAGUGGACCUGGCGGCUAGGGUUGGGAACCUCUCGUGUCGCCCGUGAGGGGGUGACGCAAGAGUCGGGAGAGUCGAGAUUUAUAGAUAGCGACAAUGAUAAUUUUCCUCCUCUUCUUUUA